GGCGGAGGGGUGGGGAGAUAAAAGCACGGAGCCACCGGAGAGUGAGCGGGUGAGCUACAGUUGGUGAGAAUGGCAGCAGAUAGGGAAGCAAAACUCCAGCGGAUUCACGAACACAUCCGAACCUUUCCAGACUUUCCCAAGGAAGGCAUCCAGUUCAGAGACAUCUGCCCCAUCUUGAAGGAUCCAGCUGCUCUCACAGCAGUGAUCGACCUGUUUGAAGAACAUGUGAGGAAGAAUCACCAGCAGGUUGAUCUGAUCGUAGGUUUAGAUGCUCGCGGUUUCCUGUUUGGGCCUCUGCUCGCCCAGCGGCUGGGUGUUGGUUUUGUCCUGGUCAGAAAGAGAGGAAAGCUGCCUGGAAAAACUUUGUCUGUGGCAUAUGAUUUGGAGUAUGGGAAGGCAGAGGUAGAGAUCCAGGAGGAUGCAGUGGCUCCAGGACAGAAGGUUCUGCUCAUUGAUGACCUUCUGGCUACUGGAGGGACGUUGAACGCGGCCUGUGAGCUGCUGAAGAAACAGCAGGCUGAGAUUUUGGGCUGCCUGGUGGUCAUUGGGCUUAAAGAAGUGAACGGCAUCGAAAAACUGAAACCACACAGCGUGUUCUCCCUGGUUCAGUACUGAGGACUAGAAGCAGCAUUUGAAUUGUUUCCAGUCAGGUGCUUCUCAGCUGUCACCACCUCAAUACAAGAAAUCUCUGCAGCUCAAGCACACUUUUAUGGCUUUUUGUCAUUUUAAUCAUGUUUUUUUUUUGUCCGUGCUAAAAUGUUUUUUUUUUUUGAGAAAUUAAUUUGUAAUCAAUGAACACUUUGUUUCUAAGUGCUAGAGCCUUACCCAGCAUGCUUUUGGCUUAUGGUGGGGCGAUCCUCAAGGAGUCUCGCACUCUCGAAUUUUCUACUUCUUUCAGCUGAUGCAUGCUGGGAUCACUCCCUGCAUCCAUGUAAGCCUUAACAGGGAAGAGGCUAAUGGCGUGAUGCCUGCUCCAGACUGAAUGACUACGUGUCAAACAACUACAGUUUCUCCUGUUCAUUUGCAUAUUAUAUAGGUGGUUUAUCAGUUUACAUCAUAGGAAUAUGUUUUUGGAACUUGAGAGCACUAACAUCUAACCAGCUUUAGCAUGUUAUGCUGACUAAUAAAACUGUUAACUUUA